AUGGGGAUACCCCCAGCGCUCGAGCGCGGCGCAAACAGGGUAGACGCACCGACAAGAGCCCACUACGGUAGAGUAUUCGAUGUGGCCUUCUGUCCUUGGGACGAAAGUUUGAUCGCGUCCGCGGGGGAAGAUGAGGCCGCACGCUUAUGGUUGGACGCCGGCUCGGGCUCGGGCGUCAGCUCGUACGGCGUGUGCCGUGGUCACAAGGAUGAGGUCGUUCGCGUGUCUUGGCACCCGACAUCGAAGAUACUCGCUACCGCCUCGGCCGAUGGAUCCGUAGGCGUGUGGCGCGUGGCACAACCGGGAAUGGAAGCAUCCGCCACGACGCAUGAUCCUGACAGCGGAACGACGGCGCUCGUGGACAAGCUCGAGGGACACCCGGACCAGGUGUACGGGUGCAUCUUCGUCGGCGACGGCGACGGCGGCGGGCCCAUGCUCGCCACGGCGGCGGGGACGGACCUGCACCUAUGGGACCUCGAGCGCGUCACCGUCUUGUCUAAGGUGGGUCACGAACCGAUACCGGUCGAGGCGGGUUCGGAACGUUGGGAGCCCGGGUUCCUAUUCAGCUUGGCGUCUGACGGCGGCGCCAGAAACCUGCUCGCGUCGGCUUGCAGCGACGGCGCCGUUCGGGUCUUCGCCCACGACUCCAAGGCGUCGACCGCGGAGACGGUGGCUACGUUGCCGGUCCAUUCGGGUGCGUUGGGGUGUGCGACGACGUUUUUGUCGGGUGGGGACGUUCUCGCGUCCAUGUCGACCGACGGUACCGUGGUCUUCACCGACGUUCGCACGAUGACUCCGAUGACGAAGGUGACGUCGCCGUGCCCGACGAUGGGAUGCUGCGCCGUGCCAUCCGGCGGAGAUGGGAGUAUUGGGAGCUGGUUCGCGAUGUGCGGUAGGGACGGGAUCAUCCGGGCGAUCGACGUGGAGGGAUCGAGUGCACCGAAGGUAUUGAAUCAGGCAACCGACCACCCUGUCCCGCUGCUGUGCGUAGCGGCGGAUCACUCUGGUCGUCGAAUAGCCGCAGCUGGUAAAGCUCCUGAGACACCUCAGGGAACUAAUGGACUCGGAACACUUGGAAGCGGUGGAACCAGUGGGUUUGGAGGUGUUGGGAUAUUGGGAGCGAGAAAGGCUCCGAACGCAGCCGGUAUCAUUCUCUGGGACGCUGCGGGGAGCUCAUAG